AUGGGCCCUUCAAAUUUUGCGUUUACAACUACCUUUGGCACGAUCGCCACUUGUCUUAUUGCGUAUGUUGUAUACUUUGACUAUCGACGUCGGAACGACCCUCAAUUCCGCAAACAGUUAAAAAAGGACCUCAAAAAGCAAGCAAAAGCGGCCAAAGAAUUAGCAGAAAUACAAGUAGCCCAGCAAAGGAAGGCUAUCAGGGUCGCCGUUGAAGAAGCAAAGCUAGAGGGCUUUCCUACCGACGUUGAAGAAAGAGAAGGUUACUUUAUGCAAGAGAUUGCGAAAGGAGAAGGACUUAGCUCUGACGGUUCUGCCAGCCAAGAGGCAGCCCUUUGUUUUUACAAGGCUUUGAAAGUAUAUCCAUCGCCUCCUGAUCUAAUAUCGAUAUACGACAAAACGGUUCCGAAAGCAAUCCUAGAUAUUCUCGCUGAAAUGAUCGCAGCUGACUCUUCUAUGAGCGUAAACCCUCUUAAAGCUGAAUUAGAUAAUGAAAAAGGCCUGGACUAG